AAGGUUUAUUGCGCGAAACAUUAGAAGAUUUGUUGCGUGAAGCGUUGGAAGGCUUGUUGUGCAAAACGUUAGAAGGUUUGUUGCAUGAAACAUUGGAAGAUUCAUCGUGCAAAACGUUAAAAGAUUCAUUGCGCAAAAUGUUGGAAGGUUUAUUGCGCAAAAUGUUGGAGGAUCGGAUUGAAGAACUAGAAAAGUAUAUAAAGGAGUAUAUCAAAGAACCUGAAAUUGUUAUUGAAUUACCUAAUGAAGCUGGUAAUGAAAUUGAUUGGGAUAAAACAAUUAAUGAUAUAACAAAUUUUAUCAAACUAAAGAAACAAAAAAGAAACAAUAAAAAUAUUCCACAAUUUUUAAUGGAAAAUAGUAUGGUAAGUUAA